AUGAAUAUCCCAGGACUUGGCCAGGCAGCUCCUGCUGCUACAUUCUCCGCACCAACUAUCCAAGCAGCAGUAGCAGUCCAUGACCUACAAGCCAAUUCAGAAUGGCGUUUCGAAGUCGCAUAUGGACAAAGUAUUGAAGUCAAGAUCCUUUCAGGAACCGCCGAGAUCUUUGGUACAGAGCUGGCUGUCAACCAUACAUACACAUUCCGCGGCACCAAAUCAUCAAUUUUCACCUGGCAUGGCUGUCGAAUUGAAGUCAACGGGCCCUGCGAAGAGUACAUGGCAGAAGAAACGCCCAUGAUAACCUACGUCAACACACAUUUCGCCUUAGAAAAGCUACGAGACGAUGCAAUUCAGAACGGAGGGGAGGGACCAAGGGUUCUGGUUGUAGGACCAAAUAAUGCUGGGAAAACCAGUCUGGUGAAGCUGUUGACGGCUUAUGCGACACGGAUGGGACGUCAGCCUAUGGUCAUCAAUACAGAUUCGAGAGAAGCUUUGCUGUCGAUUCCGGGGACACUUACGGCUACGCCUUUUGCUUCAAUCAUUGAUGUUGAGCAUGGGUGGGGAAGUAGUCCUACGAGUGGACCGAGUCCAGUGCCUGUGAAGCUGCCGUUGUGCUAUUAUUAUGGAUUGGCAAGCCCGGAGGAUGAUACAAAGUUAUACAAGCCGAUUCUCACGAGGCUGGCGUUGGCUGCUGCAAGCAGGCUAGCUGAUGAUCCGGUUAUUAGGGGGACAGGAAUGAUUAUUGAUACUCCUGGAGUUAUUAGCCAAGGAAAGGGUGGCUAUGACUUAAUAUCACACAUCGUCUCGGAAUUUUCAGUCAACACGAUCUUGGUCCUUGGAUCCGAGAGAUUACACAGUGAGAUGCAGCGCAGGUUCUCUGCAUACAAGACAAGGUCAGGCGAGGCAAUUACUCUAGUGAAGCUGGAUAAAUCAGGUGGUUGCGUCGAUAGGGACGACACUUUUAUGCAACAGAUGCAAGAGGCUGCCAUAAGAGAAUAUUUCUUCGGUGACCCAAAACGAACUCUUAGUCCACAUACUCAACAAGUAAACUUCGAUGAUGCUACAAUCUACAAAAUCCAUGAAGGCGGCGAAGAAGAUAGCCAGCAAGUAGGGUUAUAUGAGAAUGUGGAGCCGUCCUCAAUGAUGCUGCAUUGCCUACUCGCAGUCAUGUAUGCAUCGACACGGGACUCACAGGAGACAGUUCGGGAUGCGAGUGUAAUGGGAUUUGUGUACGUAGCGGAAGUUGAUGAGAAGAAAAGGAGACUCAAGAUCCUUGCCCCUUUGAACACCAGAAUUACAGAUCGACCUAUGAUCUGGGGUAGCUGGCCAGAGACUACAGUGAGUUUAAUAUGA